AUGACCACCGCAUUAGGAGAAUCACCAAUUGGUCUCAACGAUACAGCAGAGUUCCUCGGGGUGGAUUCGGGGUCUUUAGAUGGAAUCGACCAAUCCUUGGCCGCUGCAAUUGCCGCCAAAGCACACGAGUUUCGGCAAUUGCAGGCGCAGAGUUUAGAAUCCAGUGUAGUGAUAGAUGAGCUCAGGUCGGCUUCGGGUCAAAAAUUGGAUGCCUGCAAUGCUAAAGUGCUCGAUCUUGAACGAGAAGUGCUGAAACUUCACACCGAAUCUACUGUUUUGGAAGAAACUCGACGUAAGUUCGAAUCGCAGUUUCAAGCCGCCGAAAUCAGUCUCGAAACGUCUCAAUUACAAGCCCAGUCUCUUUUGGAGCAAAAGCAGAUGCUCGAGAGUACCAAAAACGAUCUUGGCAAACUGCUGAACGAAAAGAUCCAAGACAAUUCGACGCUCCAGCACGAGACUGACAAGUUACUGACAGAAGCUCACGAACUUCGAGAUAAGAAUUUGGAGCUUGAAAAACUUGUGCGCAACGCCAAGUCGCGGGAACUGAGCAACAAAGGUGAAAUGCAGCAAAUGGUGCAGGAAUUGCAGCUUUCACAAUCUAAUAACUCGUGGCUCGAGUCCCAGCUCGCAGAAGUGACAACCAACUUCAACAAAUUUCGACAAAAAUCGCAACACGAAAUGGCACAGUUGCUCGAAAAGACCGAGACCAAUACCUCUGAAUUACAGAGUGCUCGUCAAAAUAUCAACACUUUGCGUGAACAUAACAGAAAUCUAACAGAACAACUUGACGCAAAGCUUGCUAUCAUUAAAAAUUUGACGGAUGGUUCCAAUAGCGACAAAUCAGAUUUCACUCGUGAGAUGGCCCUAAAACAGCAUCUUAUCGAAUUAUUGGAAAACCAGGUUAAGUCCUUAAAAGAUGAGCUCGAACGCAAAAAUUCGGCUGGACUGAUACAAUCUGACACUUCCGAUCUAAUCGAGGAGUUAUCUGAGUGUAGGACACAGUUGGCAGAGAAAGAUGUGGAAAUUGAAAAGCUUCAAAACGCAGUUCAGGACUUAUACAAUGAUAACGCUGAUGCCGAGGAAGUCAACGGCGGCAAAAACGGCCCAACGUUGUCUUCGAAUAAGAGCGUUUCUAUUCCCAAGCUGUACGGCGACAUAUCUGUGCUCAAGAAACAGUUGAUUCACGAAAAGCGCCUAAAGGAGCAUUUACAAAAUCAAGUGGAGUCGUUUGUGUUGGAACUCGAGAAUAAAGUCCCAAUGCUUAGCUCCUUCAAAGACCGCAACAGUAUGCUUGAAAAUGAAUUGCUUGAAACCAGUUACUUGUUGGAAUCAGUUUCUCGUGAUAGACGUGAACUUAUUGAUGACAUGCAUAGGUCUGAUUCUCGUGUGAGAGAUUACGAAGCUCAAAUAUCGGGACUGACAAAGCAACGUACAGAUUUAGCUCGUCAAGUUCAGUUUUUACUCAUUCAGGCGUCUGUGAGAAGUGACUCCAAGGGCCCUCUCACUGGAGAGGAAACCGCUUUCGUUCAAAAAAUUCUGGACUCCGAGAACCAGUAUUUGAAUCAUGAUACACAAACGGUCAUUUCACAACGAUUGGUCGUAUUCCAAGACAUUGUAGAACUCCAAACAAAAAACUCUGAGCUCUUAGUCACCGUUCGGAGCCUAGCUGAUAGAUUAGAAAAGGAAGAACGCGACGCUAAUAGUGAGAGAGACGUUGCCAAUAAGGCAGUAAUCGACGAUGCCAAAGAAGCAAUUACAAGACUUCAAGAGCAUGUACAGGAUUUGGAAUUGAAGAUCGAAAUCGUUUCCAAAGAACGGGACGCCUUGAGAACAAUUAGGCAUAGUGCCUCUUCUGAUGACGAGCCAUCGAACAAACAACUGUCAGAAACAAGCAAUGCUAAGAAACUCGAGCAAAUGGAAGAACAACUGCAGAUGGCUAGACGGGAAGCGGAAACUAAUGUGAACAUGUUAAACACACAGGUACAGGACCUACUAAAAACCAGAGCAGACUUACUUUUGAACAUGGAAAAAGAAAGGUCUUCUAGGAUACUGGCCGAAGAAAGGUUUGAGUUCGUAAACGAAUCUUUGAAGCUUGCUAAGCAUGAAAGUAAGGAGUUGGCAACAAAAUGCGAUAGACUGCAGGACACUGUAGUCAGGCAAGACACAAGGACCCAAGAAACAGUUACUGACAUUAUCAAUUGCAAAUCACAGAUUGCUCGUUUGACCUCAGAACUAAAAAACUCAACAGCUAAUUCCGAGCUGUUGCGUUCAUUUCAUGAAAAGGACAAAAAAGUCAAUGAACAAUUAAGUAUUGAAAAAAACGAGCUCUCUAUACUUGUCGCUCAGUUGCAAACCUUACAAAAAGAACGGGAAGCGUUGAUUCGUGGGACAGAAACUUCCUUCGAAGGAAAAAUCGAUCUGCUGAACCAGGAGAUCAGGCAACUUCGGUCUCAGCUGGCAUCCAAAACGCAAGAUCUUGAUGCAUAUGUUGCUGCUUCAGAGUCCAAGUCACAAUGGUACCAGAAGAAGAUCGACUCUCUGAGCGGUUUAUUGAGUGAAACAGCUGCAAAUUACAAUUCCCAAAUGGAUGCUCUGCGAAACUUGAAAACUCAGAAUGACUCAUUAAAGCAGGAAGCUCAGGCUGUUGUCACGUCACAACCUAUUGGUACCCCAAUAGGGGAGCAACUAGAUGGUGGACAGAGUGGAAUUUUAAAGACGGAAAUAGAGAAACUAAAACUCAACUUACAGGAAGCUUACUCGCAGGUCGACGAGUACAAAAAUAUUAACAUCUCCACAGAGGAAUGUCUUUCAAACGUAACUGAGGCAUUUGACCAACUAAAGGCAGAUCAUUCUAGCGAAAUUGUGAGCAUGAAGGAACAGGAAAGAGCUUUGACAGAAGAGGUCUCGGCACUAAAGGCUACACUUUCCAGUGUCACCACAGAACUCAGAGACGAGAGAGAGCGUUGGAAUUCUAAGAAUGAUGAUAUCACUAAUCGUAUGAGUGCUUUCAAAGCCAGUCAAGACUCGAUUGACGCUCUGAAAAAGCACUACGAAGAACAGUUGGAUCAGUUAGCCUCCGAUUUGAAGCAACAAAGUACAUUCACCAGCCAGGCUCAUCAAAAAUAUGAAGAAGAGCUACAACGGCAUGCAGAUGCUUCGAGGAGCCUGAACAAUCUAAGAGAGGAGUCUGAGAGCUUCAAGAACCAAUUGCAAGGUGUCAUCGCGACGAACAAAGAUCUUCAGAAGACUCUAGAAGGAAGAGAAGCGGAAUGGGCAGCAAAGAAACAAGAUUAUGAAUCACAACUGGACGCCGUCAAUCUUCGCAUCGAGGAUCUAUUGACUCAGAACAGACUUCUAUUCAACCAGAUUGACAUCAAAUUCCUGGAGCAAGAGUCUAAAGCUAAUGCUGACAGUAGUAAUAGCGAUAACCAAGAAUUGAUAUUGAGCUUAAGAAGAGAAUGUGAUAUACUCAGGGCAAAGCUCGAAAUGGCAGAUGGUGAGAAGAAAACGCUACAGCGCAAAGUACAAACUUCGGAAAGUGAGCUCCUCGCAGCCCGGGAAGAACUGAAUAAUUAUCAAUCUAGUGCAGUUCGGCAAUCAAUAAUGGUUCAGGAGCACGAUAAAGUUUUGGAGGAACUGAAUCAGCUGAAUUUGUUGCGAGAAAGCAAUGUGACUCUGAGAAACACCUUGCAGAGCACUACCCAGCGUAACAAUGAACUCGAAAAGAAGGUAGAAGAUAUGCAAGCUUCGAUAGGGCCAAUUGAUAAUGAGAUUUCUGCCUUGAAACAUUCCAUUAACGCAAAAGACAAACAAAUUGAAUUAAUGUCUGAAGAAGUUGAACGUUGGAAAAAAAGAACUCAGGAUAUUUUACACACUUACGAACGAGUGGAUCCCGAAGAACAUAAGAAGCUUAUUGAAGAACUCGCACAGACCAAAGCUGAACUGGCCUCUAAAAACGAACUUAACACUGAAGUGGAAGGCAGGUUUCAAAGGUUGAAAAAACAAGCACGUGAGAGACUUGAUGCUGCAAAGUCUCUUCAGGCAACUCUGACCGCGGACGUCAAUGCGCUUAGAGGUGAAAAGCAAGAACUGGAGGCUGCUUUAGAAAGAGAAAGAGUAGCGGUGCAAGCACUGAACGAGAAGGUUACGACCUUCGAAGAAAGAGAAUCAGUUCAGAGCACAUCAGAAAGCGAGGUGCAAAAUCUACAUCAGAAAUUAACCGAAGCAGAGGCGAAACUUGAAGAGGUGCAAAAGAACUCUGUUGAAAGCAUUGAUGAUAGCAAAUUUCGUUUGGAGCAAGCGCAACUGAACCAACGGAUCCAGGAACUAGAAUCUUUGCUUGAAAAUGCUCAGAAAGAGGUAGCACAGCUGGAAGAAUUAAAGGCUUCCAGUAGGGAUCACUCGGAUGAAGUUGAAAGGAUCAGGAACGAAUUGACCAGUCAGAGUGAAAAACUCAUUCUUGAAAAGGAAGCUGAAAUCAGAAAUGAAUUUGAAAAAAUGCAUGCAGAGCAGCUAAGACUUUUUGAGGGUAAGAUCCAAGAAAGUUCAAAACAAGAAGUUGCAGACAUUGAUGCUUUGCGGAAAGAAUGGGAGGUUGAUCACGAACAACAAACCCAGAAAAGGAUAGACGAAGCGAAUGAACUCUUGAGAAAACGCAUUCGUUUGCCUACGGAGGAAAGAAUAAACAAGAUUAUAGAGAGCAGAAAAGCUGAACUGGAACUCGGUUUCGAAAAAAGAGUCCAGGAACGAGCAUCAGAGCUUUCUACACAGAGCGAGAAAACUGGCGAAAAUGUCGAUUUGGCACAAAUUGCAGAAAGGCAUCAAAUAGAGCUCGAAAGCAUGAAAGCCACAUUGAAGAAGCAGAUGGAAGAAGAAAUGUCACAGCUCAGACAAAAAGCAUUCAAUGAGGGUCAGCAGAAGGCCAAUAUGAAGUCCACGCUUCUAGAACGGAAAAUUGCGAAACUUGAGUCUCAAGUGAAAUCAGCAGGUGUGACAACAGCAAUUUCCAGUGCUCCACCCACUACAUCAGGAGGAGCUUCUUCCGUCGUGGACAAGCCAGCCCGCAUCAUAGAGGUUCCUCCUGCGGCAGAAACGCCUACACAAACUUCAAAAUCCGAAAGCGAACGCUCUUUGAUGCCUAUUCAGACUGCACCACUCAACACAUCUCCGGCACAUAGUAAUCAGAACGCUAUGAUUACUGAGGCAGCUGCCGCAUUUGGCCAACCCGAUGAAGCACCACUAUUAUUGAAAAAUUCAAAAGAAUCAAAAUCAGAUGAACCUGGCGUAGUUUCUGCACAAAGUCCAUCCAAAAGGCCAAGUGAAGAUAUUCAAUUGGAGGACAGUUCCAUUUCGAAGAAAAAUAAAACCGAGGGGGAAAUUUAA